AGCAUUUCAAGAUUAAACUUCUGCACAAUGGCUUCAGACAAAGCUGAGUAUGAAGUACAGGUUACAACGGGUAACUUUUUGGGGACAGGUACUUUUGACAAGGUCUACAUCACCCUAACUGGUAAGAAAGGAGACAAAAUAAUAAAGAUCCCAAGGACCAGAGUGAGCUUCUCAGAGAGUGUCACUGUUCAUGCUGAUGAAGACCUAGGUGAUUUUCUUAUGAUUACUUUAGAAAAGGAAGCAAGGUUCAUUUUGCCAGAGUCUGGUUGGUACUGUGAGUACGUAAAAGUGUCAAAUGUUAAGACGGGCAAAGAACAUGUAUUUGCAGUUUUUUCCUGGGUUUUAAGAAAUAAACCCGUGAGUGUUAUAGAAAGCUCAGCCAGGAAAUCAUUUGAAGGUACAAAAGAACUAGAAGAGCUGCAAGCGCAACAGCAGCUGAGACAAGGCGUUGUUCAAGAAAUACGUGAAGGUUUAUUGGAAGCAUUACAAAACAUAAAUCUUGCAUUUUGA